AUGGGAGGAAACAGGCCAUUCAUUAAGGAUGUUAUCGAUAAUCUCGAACAGUUAAACCUUACACAUGGGAAAAAAGGUACAACCGUAGAUGGGAUAGUUGAUGUAAAACAACUACCAGAAAGCAAGAUGUCUAAUACCCUGGAGUCAGGCGAAAAUGACAUGAAAUUUGAUGAACCACAAGAGGAUUUCGGAAAUCUCUAUCCAGCAGAAUGUGCAAUUAGCGAUGAAUUUUAUGGAGGAGAUUAUGAAGAAAUAGAUGAUGGUAACGGAGAUCCUUUCUUCGGAGAAACUGAAGAUUAUCUUGAAUAUGAGUCGGUAACACAUACUGAUGAAUCAUACUCAAAUAGCAGUGUGCAAAAUCAAGCAGGAAGAUCGGGACAAUCUUCCUCCCAUAGUAUACAUAGUCAUUCAGAUGACGAUGACUAUGACGGACCUGGUGGAAGUGAAGAAAAGGAUCCACCAAGUGAUACUGUAGAUUGUACCCUUAGCGAUAGUGAGGACCCGACCGCAUAUAAACCUGGAGGUUACCAUCCAGUUAAACAGGGAGAUAUAUACGAUGGAAGGUAUCGUAUAGACUGCAAACUUGGUUGGGGAUAUUUCUCAACUGUAUGGCUCGCAACCGAUCUACGUGCUAACCCAAAUUGCUUUGUCGCAAUCAAGUUCCAGAGAAGCGCCAAGAGCCAUGCAGAUGCAGUACGUGAUGAAAUGUCACUGCUCAAAAGGGUCAGAGACCAAGCAAUAGCUCGCGCAUGGCUACAUACAAAGCAGACAUAUAAGAAUGCUCUAGGAAGUCUAUAUAAUCCAACCAGAGGGGUAGUAUCAUUUCUAAACUGGUUUAGAGUGAAGGGGCCAAACGGUACUCAUGUAUGCGUAGUACUCGAACCCAUGGGACCGAACCUUCUGUCACUUAUCAAGUUCUACAAAUUCAAGGGAGUGCCCAUGCACAUAAUUCGAAAAAUCACUGCACAUGUACUACUAGGAUUGGAUUACCUACAUCGAGUAUGUGGGAUCAUACACACAGACCUUAAACCUGAAAAUAUCCUGGUCAGUUCUAAGCUACAGGGAUGUACGCCGUGGCCUACUGAACGCCAAAGGAUAGAAGAAAAGGUACAGGCACGAAAGACUAUCGUGCCAUACGUUAAAAAUACAAUCAAACCUAGUAUGAGCGACCCGACCAGCCUUACAAGCUAUGAUGAAGCCGAGGCACUCCAAGAUACACUCUACAGAGCGCCGUAUCAUCACAUACCAUACAAAAUUGCACAACCGUUACGUGAUACAAAGGCAAAACCAGCAAAUGUCGACAUGUACCAUCCAUGGGUGGCAAAAAAGGUUAACCAAAAUAGCGCAAUAGCUGCAUUACUCAAACAACAUGUGUUUGUGAAAACGCAACAGGGAAGAAUACAAAUUAAACCCUUAGAUCAAGCUACAUUCGAUCAUCCUGAUGCGGUAUUUAAAAUAUGCGAUCUAGGAAAUGCCUGCUGGAUUAACCAACACUUCACUGACGAAAUUCAGACAAGGCAAUACAGAUCGCCAGAAGCAAUUUUAAAGGUAGGAUAUGAUGAAUCAACAGAUUUGUGGUCACUCGCGUGUAUCAUUUUCGAACUUAUCACGGGAGAUUACCUAUUCGAUCCACAUGGAAACACAACACAGGAACGAGAUAUCAACCAUCUGCAACUCAUCGUGGAACUUCUAGGACCGAUACCACUCCACAUAGUCCACAGCAGCCCGAGAUACGGACAUCUAGAGAGGGAAAUCAACAAUGUGACACCGUGGCCGCUAGAAAGUGUAAUGGUACGAAAGUACAAAAUGGACCCUGUAGAUGCACAAGAGCUAUCGAAAUUUCUGUUGUGUAUGCUCAAAAUUGACCCUAGAGAAAGGAUGACUGCAGAUAUGCUCAUAGCGAACAGGUGGUUACACGGCAAACGCUGA